UUGCUUGUUUCCAGAGAUGCCUAUAAAUACGCGUCCAGAAAUGACUUCAAGAUGCAACAACAGCAGCAACUGGUCUGGGUACUGGUUUUCUAGACACAGAGAGAGAUGGGUCCUUCUUGUUCUAGUUGGAUUCUAUGCCUGUGUUUCCUAUCACUCAUCUCUGCAACUCUAAGUGCUCUUCCAAAUAAGCCCGUCGAUGUACCUUUUGCCCGGAACUAUGCUCCAACAUGGGCAUUUGAUCACAUCAAGUACUUCAAUGGAGGUUCUGAAAUUAACCUGAUGCUUGACAAAUACACUGGGACUGGAUUUCAGUCCAAAGGCUCUUACUUGUUCGGUCACUUCAGCAUGCACAUUAAGAUGGUUCCAGGCGACUCUGCGGGAACUGUUACUGCUUUCUAUCUAUCUUCUCAAAACAACGAGCACGAUGAGAUAGACUUCGAGUUCCUGGGGAACAGAACAGGACAGCCUUACAUACUGCAGACAAAUGUAUACACAGGAGGAAAGGGUGACAAAGAACACAGAAUUUAUCUUUGGUUUGAUCCCACCAAAGAAUACCAUACUUACUCUGUUCUGUGGAACAUGUAUCAGAUUGUAUUCUUUGUUGAUGAUGUGCCCAUAAGGGUGUUCAAGAACAGCAAAGACCUGGGAGUAAGGUUCCCAUUCAACCAACCUAUGAAGGUAUACUCGAGCCUGUGGAACGCAGAUGACUGGGCUACUAGGGGUGGCUUGGAGAAGACAGAUUGGUCAAAGGCACCCUUCACAGCCUCCUAUAAGGGCUUCCAUAUAGAUGGCUGCGAGGCGUCAGUAAAUGCUAAGUUCUGUUCUACUCAGGGAAAACGUUGGUGGGAUCAGAAGCAAUUCCAAGAUCUAACUCCUGCAGAAUACAGUAGACUCCAGUGGGUUCGCCAGAGAUACACCAUCUACAACUACUGCACCGAUCGUGCUCGUUAUCCUACCGCCCCACCAGAAUGCAAGAGAGACCAUGAUAUUUAGUUUUCUUAAAAGCAUGUUAUUUUGUUCUGCAGACAGACAGUCUACAGCUAUCAUGCUUUGUCAUAGGUUCAAUUUGUUCUGCUUAGUCCAGUAUCUUGUCCACUCUCUUGUCUGUAGUUUAUCAUUAUUUCUUCAGUAAUACCUAAAAGAUCCUAUGUUAAAGAAUAUGGACUAAAACCUAGAAACGUGAAUGAAGUCAUGGAAAUAUAUAUACUUGGA